AUGUCUGAAGAUGGAGCAAAUCUACCAGUGAAUAAAGAUCCAUCAUUGCUUAGGCAAAUGCUGAAAAAAGUAUCAGGAAAGAACCAAAAGCUUAAGGAAGAGCUUAAUAAACUUCUAGAAGCAAAUAAUAAUAAUUUACUUGUUCUAAAAAGCAAAGACGAAGCCAUUGAAAAGGCAGAAGUAUUACUUACAAGCUUGAGAGAUAAAAUGAAAGAGAAUGAACAAGAAAUUAAUGCGAAGAACGAAAAAGUCAAUACAUUGCAAAAAGAAAUAUCAAAAUUAAAUGAUAAAAUCAAGGCAUUUCAAGAAUCAAACGAGAAUGCAAUAAAAUCACAAGAGCUUGAACAAAAAUUGAAACAAUUUGAAAAAGAUAAACUGACAUUUGAGGAACAGAAAAAGAAAAUCAUACAAGAACUACAGAUUAGGAAGGAAAACAUUGAUAAUGAAGUUAAGCAAAACAUAAAAGAGAAAGAAAAAGUAUUAAAUGAUCGAUUUAACAUACUUGCAGCAGAGCAACAUAAAUUUGAAGUACAGAAAAGUGUUAUUGAAGAGAUGAAACAGAAAUAUUUCGAAGAGACCGCACAAUUGGAAAACAAAAGAAUCGAUGUUGAAGUUGAAAUCGAAACUACCAAUGCAAAACUUGAUGAAAUCAGGAAGGAAAGACAUAAAAAUGAGCAAAUAUUACAAGAUAUACUCGAAGAAAGAAAGAAAAACGAAGAAAUUCUGUUAAAUUCACAAGAUGAACUAAAAUCAAUAGAAGAAAAGAAACGUACACUCGAAGAGCAACUCAAAGACUUCGAAUCUCGUGCAGAAGAAAUCAAGGCAUUCGAAGAAUCUAAAAAAGACAUGGAAAAUAAAUUAGAAGAUAUCAAGAAACGAGAACAGAACGUCGAAGCCAUCAAACAAUCAUAUGAAUCCAAAGUUAAAGACGUUGAACUACUCCAUUUGACUCUACAAGCAAAAGUCAGAUCAACAGAGAUGGCAAGAGAGGAAGCACAGAACAAACUCGAUCAGUUACUUGUUAGAGAAGAGCAGGUCGAUGAUAAGAUAUCAAAGAUGGUCGCUCAAGAGCAAAGACAAAGGAUGGACGCUGAAGCAAUGAUAAAAUCUUUACAAAAAAAGAUUGAAGAGGUCUGUCAGCAAAAUUCUGAGGCAAAUAAUCGUCUUCAUGAAAUUACAGAUCUUUACAGUACAUUAAAAUCCCAAACAGAAAGCAUCAACAAGGCAAAAGAAGACUACGAAAAGCAAUACAAUGACAUGAAAACGAAAUUUGAAAAUGCAAAUCUUCCAGAACUCUUUGCAACAGCUAACAAAUACAAGGAAGUUACAGAGUCUAACGAAAAUCUUAAGAAUGAAAUAUCAAAACUCAAAGAAGACAUCAAAACUUUGGAGAUGAAGAAUGAAGCCACCGAAAAGAAGCUUACUGCUGAAAUUGCAAGGUAUGAUGCAAGUACAAAAGGUCAUAUAGAUGGAGUUCAUGCUUCUUACCUCAAGAAAUCCCUUUUGCAGUUCUUUUUCGCUGAUAAUAACAAACAGAGGGAAUCAAUGAUCCCUAUGAUCUUAGAUAUAUUGAGCUGUGAUGAUAACCAAGUUCAACAUGCAAUGAAGAACUGGAGAGAAAGCCAACAGAUUAUCAACAAAGGAAUUUGGCCAUUUUGA